CAAAUAAUGAAAUAAUAGUUGCAAUUAGAUUUUAUUUAUUAUCGUUUUUGAAAGGCUGUCCUCAGUGACGAUAAAGUUCAACUUUAUCUUCACUCCCACUAUUAGUUCUACAGUGUUCCUACGUAAGGACGCACACACGUAACGUCUACAAUGGGAUGGUACUUGAGCCUGGCGAUGGCCUUGGCAGGACUGCUAAACCUGUUUAUGCCCAUGUCGAUGGCCAUUGACCCCCAGUGCGACUAUCAGGACAACCUUUUGAUAGGACAGGAGUAUUUCAUCUACAACAAAGAGUAUCCGGACAGAGAUAGCAGCGGAACCAAUUGCAGGUGGACCGCAAAGAGCCAACCGGGUACCAGAAUCGUCGUCUCAUGCGAGGAUAUCGAUAUACCAAGUAGUCAAAACUGUCAGUAUGACAAGCUGUCAAUAUCGUUGAGUGGAAGUGCCAACUUUGCGGAUGCUAAGAACUACUGUGGUAAAGGUACCCUUAGCUUGGUGUCCAACAGCAACACGUUAACAGUGGGUAAGAUUUUUCUGCUACACCAUCUUUUUGACCAUCAAUUACUAUUUUAUCAUUGA